GGCCCAAAGCCCCGGGCGGUCGCAUUGUUUUCCUGCACGGAGCCGCGGCGGGAGUGGGGGCUGCGACUGGGACCCGCGGCUUGCCAGACCCGACAGCGGCCGGGAGCUCAGAUCCGGGCUCCAUCCCAUUCGGACGCUCACCACAUCUCGCCAGAGCCCCAAUCACGGAUUGCGAACUCGGCGUGGUGCGGGGCUGCUGCCCGCCCGCUGCGAUCUCGGUCCCGCUGACCCGGAUCUCGGAGGCCGGCAUAUGGGUGAGGGGGCACCCCCUGGGGCCUGAGCUGCCCCGCACAGGAUGCCCCGUGCCCCCCGCUUCAUGCCCUUGCUGCUCCUGCUGCUCUCACUUCCCCAUACCCAGGCUGCCGUCCCCCAGGACCCCCUCCCUCUGCUGACCUCUGACCUGCAAGGGACUUCCCCAUUAUCCUGGUUCCGGGGCCUGGAGGAUGAUGCUGUGGUUGCCGAACUUGGGCUGGACUUUCAGAGAUUCCUAACCUUGAACCGGACCUUGCUAGUGGCUGCCCGGGAUCACGUUUUCUCCUUCGAUCUUCAAGCCCAGGAGGCAGGGGAGGGGCUGGUGCCCAACAAGUAUCUAACAUGGCGGAGCCAAGACAUGGAGAACUGUGUUGUGCGGGGAAAGCUGACGGACGAGUGCCACAACUAUAUUCGUGUUCUUGUUCCCUGGGACUCCCAGACACUCCUUGCCUGUGGAACGAACUCAUUCAGCCCCGUGUGCCGCAGCUAUGGGAUAACUUCGCUGGAGCAGGAGGGUGAAGAGCUGAGUGGGCAGGCUCGAUGCCCCUUUGAUGCCACCCAGUCCAACGUGGCCAUCUUUGCAGAGGGCAGCCUAUACUCAGCCACAGCUGCGGAUUUCCAGGCCAGUGAUGCUGUGGUUUACAGAAGCCUUGGGCCUCAGCCCCCACUCCGCUCCGCCAAGUACGACUCCAAGUGGCUCAGAGAGCCACACUUCGUCCACGCCUUGGAGCACGGAGACCAUGUCUACUUCUUCUUCCGAGAGGUCUCUGUGGAGGAUGCUCGGCUGGGAAGGGUGCAAUUCUCCAGGGUGGCCCGAGUAUGUAAACGUGACAUGGGCGGCUCACCUCGGGCCUUGGACCGCCACUGGACAUCCUUCCUGAAGCUGCGGCUCAACUGCUCUGUUCCUGGAGAUUCUACCUUCUAUUUUGACGUCUUACAGGCCUUAACUGGGCCUGUGAACUUGUAUGGCCGCUCUGCUCUCUUUGGGGUCUUCACCACGCAGACCAAUAGCAUCCCUGGCUCUGCAGUCUGUGCCUUCUACCUGGAUGAUAUCGAGCAUGCAUUUGAGGGCAAGUUCAAGGAGCAGAGGAGUCUGGAUGGGGCCUGGACACCCGUAUCUGAAGACAGGGUUCCCUCCCCCAGGCCAGGGUCCUGGGCCGGUGUAGGUGUGGCUGCCUUGUUCCCCUCUUCCAGAGAUCUCCCUGACGACGUCCUGACCUUUAUCAAGGCUCACCCACUGCUGGACCCGGCCGUGCCACCUGCUACCCAUCAGCCUCUGCUCACCCUCACCAGCAGGGCUCUACUGACCCAGUUAGCUGUGGAUGGUAGGGCUGGUCCCUACGGUAACACCACAGUCCUGUUCCUGGGCUCCGAAGAUGGGACAGUGCUGAAGGUACUGCCCCCAGGGGGGCCAUCAGGGGGCCCUGAGCCCAUCCUGUUGGAAGAAAUCAAUGCCUACAGCCCUGCCAGGUGCAGUGGGAAGCGGGCGGCCCAAACGGCACGGCGGGUCAUAGGGCUGGAGCUGGACACUGAAGGUCACAGGCUCUUUGUGGCUUUUUCUGGCUGCAUCAUCUACCUCCCUCUCAGUCGGUGUGCCCGGCACGGGGCCUGUCAGAGGAGCUGUCUGGCUUCUCAGGACCCAUACUGUGGAUGGCACAGCUCCAGAGGCUGUGUGGAUAUCAGGGGACCCGGUGGGACUGAUGUGGAUCCGGCUGGGAACCAGGAAUCCACGGAGCAUAGUGACUGCCAAGAUGGAGCUACUGGGAGUCAGUCUGGUACAGGGGAUUCCGCUUAUGUGCUUCUGGGUCCUGGCCCUUCCCCUGAGACCCCCAGCCCCCUCAGUGAUGCCCACCCCCGGCCCCAGUCUUCCACUAUUGGAGCUCACACUCAGGGCGUGCGCCGGGACCUCCCCCCAGCCUCAGCCUCCCUCUCCGUCCCCAUCCCACUCCUCCUGGCCUGUGCUGCCGCAGCCUUCGCUCUGGGCGCCUCAGUCUCUGGCCUCCUGGUCUCCUGCGCGUGCCGCCGAGCCCACCGACGUCGGAGCAAGGACGUCGAGACUCCGGGGCUCCCGCGCCCUCUCUCCCUUCGCAGCUUGGCCCGGCUGCACGGUGCGGGCCCGGAGCCGCCGCAGUCCAAGGACGGAGACGGGGCGCAGCCGCCCCAGCUCUACACCACCUUCCUGCCUCCCUCCGAGGGCGUGGCCCCGCCGGAGCUGGCCUGCCUGCCCACGCCGGAGUCCACGCCCGAGCUGCCGGCCAAGCACCUCCGCCACGCCGGGGGCCCCUGGGAGUGGAACCAGAACGGGAACAAUGCCAAGGAGGGCCAGGGCCGCGUGCGGGGCGGGAACGCGGCGGGCGGCCCCGCGCCCCGCGUGCUGGUGAGGCCGCCGCCGCCCGGCUGUCCCGGGCAGGCGGUGGAGGUCACCACCCUGGAAGAACUGCUGCGCUACCUCCACGGUCCGCAGCCACCCAGGAAGGGGGCCGAGCCCCUGGCCGCGGCCGCGUUUACCUCGCGGGCGCUCCCGCCGGAACCCAGCCCCACCCCCACCCUGUUCGCGGGCCCCAGCCUCCUGCCCCGGGAGUGUGGCCCGCCGUUGAGGCUGGACGUGCCCCCCGAGGGCAAGUGCGCGGCCCCCUCCACGCGGCCCGCCCUCUCCGCCCCCGCUCCCCGGCUAGGGGUCGGGGGCGGCCGCAGAACGCCCUUCCCCACGCAUCGUGCCCCCCCGGCCCUGCUCACUCGGGUCCCCUCGGGGGGCCCCUCCAGGUACUGUGGGGGGCCCGGGAGACAUCUUCUGUACCUGGGCCGGCCGGAGGGCUAUCGGGGCCGCGCCCUAAAGAGGGUGGACGUCGAGAAGCCGCAGCUGCCCCAGAAGCCGCCCCUCGUCGCGCCCUCCCCCCCGCCGGCCAUCCCCAACGGCAGCCAUUUUCACUUUUAAAGGGAGCUGCGCUGCGUCCUCCAGUUGGGCCCCUGAGGCCCGCGCCUUCCAAGGCCAAGAGCAUGGACGCGUCUCCAAGGACAGAACCCCUCCCUCUCUCCGCGUUCCACACCU